AUAUUGUGUUCUUUGUGUGUGUAACAAAUAAUGAGAAUAAUAGAAGAUCUUAUUAGGUGACCAGUCUGUAAUUAUGUCAAGGAAAGAAUACAGUGAAACAAGUUCUUUCAGUUACUUCCUCAAAAAGCCAAAAUGGGGGAAGUGGAGGAAAGGUCCCAUGAUCACUGUGACUAGAGAACCAAAAAGCUUGAAGUGUAAACUUGGAGAAAUGACAGCUUUGAAAACAAAACCAACAAAAGAGAAUACCUUUCAGAAUAGUCUGAGAUGCAUGAAAGGCAAACAUUCACUAGAGUUGGGGCUUUACUGUCUGCAGAAAGAUAAGUGGCAUAUUAGACCUUCACCAUGAUUAACAAGCACUUCUUUGAAAUUGCAUUGGUGCUUCUGGCCUCUUCCACCCUCUCCUCUCUUGAGCUGAAACUGGUUCUCUUCCAGCAAAGAAGAGUGAGCAGAGAAAGUUUCAAACUUUCAAAUCAUUUGCAAACCUCAUCAGUUGAGCAGUGUCUACAACAUAGGAAAAACUUCCUGCUUCCCCCGAAGGCUGUAAGUCCCGACCAGCACGGGAAAGGAUAUGCACUGACCAUUCUUCAUGAAACACUUCAGCAGAUCUUCAAUCUCUUUGGGACAAGUAUUUCUUGGGAGGAAAGUCAGAUGAAGAAGUUCCUUAUUGAACUUCAUCAACAACUAGAAUACCUAGAAACGUUCAUGGAACUGCAAGCAGAUCAGGAAAGUGACACCGUAGGUAGUGACAACCUUAGGUUACAGGCUAAAAUGUACUUCCAAAGGAUUCGUGAUUACCUGGAAAACCAGGAAUACAGCAGCUGUGCCUGGACUAUUGUCCAUGUGGAAAUCAACCGGUGUCUAUUCUUUGUGUUCCAACUCACAGGAAAGCCGAGCAAACAAGAAAUGGACCCUUGAACCAUGUGAAGCAAGAGGCAACUGCAGGCUUUAAAAGGAUAAGGUGAGGAGAAGAAGGCUUUAAAGGUUAAGUAAUUUGCUCAAAGUAACACCACAAGCCACAAAGCUAGCAAAUGCCAGAGAAGAUUCCUUCCCAAGUCUGCCUGACUUGAAAGCCAGCACCAUGUGCUAGGCACCACAGAUCUGGACGAUGUUGUACAGAAUCACUGCAAAGUACCGGUAACACUAAUGUUAAUCAUUUGCUACUGUCUUUUCUUAUUCAAGCUCAUACACUCCUUGCAGUCUUGCAUUAAAGAAAGGACACUUUCUCUACCUGGACAUUUCUUUCCUAAUAAUUUAGGAGAACAGGAUGGAGGAGCUGCUAAGGGGAAACUUAAAGCAGAUAAUACUCACAAGUAGAAGCUAAAACCAAUACUUUACAUGCUAUUGUGUCCCCAAACAUUUAGCUUUAUUAAAUUGGCAUCGUGCUUGUAUAAAUGUUAUAACUGCUUCGUACAACAUAAAAAUCGCUUGCUUUUAAAUAUGUGCCCUUUUUUAAAAAACCAGAGUUCUGAACUUAUAGAUCUUCAGGAAGGGAAAUACUUUAAAAGUCUUGACUCCCUACUAGUAGUCAUCCGUGGGUGGGUUCAGAGUAAAGGUAAGUUCAUUUGUAACCAUAGGCUGCAUCAUCAGAGUUAUUCUUGUUAUGUCUACUUGUACUUGGCUAAAUAGAUUAUUAAAUCAAUGAUUGGGUUACAAAAGAAGUA